AUGUUCUUCGCAUAUGUACCGCCGCCUCACUUCGAGCCCAGACUAAAGACGAGACAGGGUAAAGUCGCCGAACUGCGCCUCGAGCUGAACAGUGGAGGCAAGAAGGACAAGAAUUAUGCCGGCAAGAAGAUUGCGCUGAAGAAGAUCGUGGCCAACAUGACCAUGAGUAACAAUGACAUGGUAGCCUUGUUCCCCGAUAUCAUCGGCUGCAUGCACCUACAGAGCCUGGAAAUAAAGAAGAUGUGCUUCCUCUAUCUGGUCAAUUACGCACGGUCAAGGCCAGAGAUGGCUGUGAAAGCGAUCCCUCUCCUGGAGCAGGACCUCGAAGACCACAAUCCGCUUGUACGCGCGCUUACGCUUCGAACCAUCUCAUACAUACACGUACGCGAAUUCGUCGAGGCCACCGUGCCACUUGUCAAAAAAUCGUUACGAGACUCGGAUCCAUAUGUACGGAAGACGGCUGCCUUUUGUGUUGCGAAGCUGUACGAUCACGACAGGCAUAUGGUCGAGCAGUCGGACUUGAUUGAGAGGCUGAACUCGUUACUGCGCGAUGACAAUCCUACUGUUGUCGCGAGUGCUCUGGCUGGUCUGAUGGACAUAUGGGAGCGCAGUGAUGCGAUCAAAUUGACGAUUGACUACAAGAAUGCCUCCAAGAUGGUGGCCAUCCUGGCUGAUUGCUCAGAAUGGGGACAGACUUACAUAUUGGAGGCUCUCAUGUCUUACGUCCCUCAAGAUUCGGGCGAGGCACUGUUACUUGCUGAGCGCAUCUCGCCGAGGCUGUCGCAUUCGAACUCUUCGGUGGUGUUGACCUGCAUCAGGGUCAUUCUAUACCUCAUGAACUACAUCGCCGACGAGAAGCAGAACACUGCCCUUUGCAAAAAGCUUUCGCCGCCUUUGGUUACUUUGCUUGCGAAAGGACCCGAGGUCCAGUACCUGGCUUUGAGGAACGCGCUGCUCAUCUUGCAACGACGACCCGAUGUGCUUAGGAACGACAUUCGUGUCUUCUUCUGCAAGUACAACGACCCUAUCUACGUCAAGGUAACGAAACUGGAGCUCAUCUUCAUGCUCGCCAAUGAGAAAAACAUUGACGAGGUGUUGACUGAGCUCCGGGAGUACGCUACUGAAAUCGACGUGCACUUUGUGCGCAAGGCCGUGCGCGCUAUAGGGAAACUGGCGAUUAAGAUUGAGCCAGCAGCCCAGCGGUGCAUCAACCUCCUUCUUGAGCUUGUGGCGACAAAGGUGACCUACAUCGUACAAGAAGCUACCGUCGUCAUCCGCAACAUCUUCCGCAAAUACCCCGACCAAUAUGAGUCCAUCAUCGGGACUCUGUGCGAGCACUUGGACUCGCUGGAUGAGCCGGAAGCCAAAGCAGCGAUGGUGUGGGUGAUUGGCCAAUACGCAGAUCGCAUCGAAAACAGCGACGCCUUGCUGGAGGACUUUUUGUACUCGUUCGCUGAAGAGCCGGUCGAGGUGCAAUUAGCGUUGCUCACGGCUACAGUCAAGCUUUUCAUCCAGAGGCCAACCAAGGGACAGGAGCUCGUACCAAAAGUGCUCAAGUGGGCUACCGAGGAGACUGACAACCCCGACCUGCGCGACCGUGCGUACAUGUACUGGCGUUUGUUGUCGACGGACAUGAACGCCGCAAAGCAAAUCGUCAUGGGUGAGAAACCUGCCAUCACGGCGGAAUCAGAACGGCUCGACCCGGCGACGCUGGAAGAGAUGUGCCUCAACGUGGGGACCUUGGCGACCAUUUACCUCAAGCCUGUGCAGACCGUGUUCCGUUCGGCACGGCCGCGCAGACUACAGGACUCCCCAGCACUGCAAAAGCACAACACCGUGGCCUUUGGAGAGACACAGAAGAGUAUCAGCAUGUUUGGACGAGGCGGUCAGCCCAACGAUAUCGAUGUGCGGACCAGAACAGCAACAUCGGCCAACGGUGGCCAGGGCAACAUGGGUCAAGCGGUCAACGAUGCUGACGCCUACUUCUCAGGCGUGGGCAAUCAACAAAUGGCUGCCAUGCGGAUAGACCAGGGGGACGACCUGUUCGGUGGCAACAGCGGUGGACAUGCGGCCGGGUACGUCGUGAGCGCCCAUGCUCCGCAAACUGUGCUUCAGCCAGCACAGGGCGAGGGGAAGAAUGGCGAUUUGCUGCUUCUAUGA